AUGCACGGCUACAGCUCCUCCGAGGAGUCGGAAGACUACCGUCGCCCAAAGCCCGCCCCGGCCUCGAACAAUAAUAAUGACCAAAAGAAGAAAAAGAAGAAGAAGGCUCCCCCUCAGCAGUCCAUCAAUCGUAUCUGGAAGAAGUUCCAGAACCGCAAGUUCAGCAAGGCCCUGGCCGUGCUUCCCUUCGACCCUGUUCUGCCUCCUGCAAGCGCAGACAAGCCAAAUGAGCUGUUGACUGCGGGCUACGAGCGGGCUGUGGAGGAAUGCCGUCGAAAAGUCAAGAAAAUCAUUCAGGAGUGCAGGAGAGUCAACAUGCGCUACAGAGACCCUGGCUGGGACCUGGACUGGGAUUUGAAGUGGGAAAAGGGUCACUGUCUCAACACCCUGGGUUCUACGAAGUGGCAGCUCUCCCGAACAACACUUUCCAACCCGAGCGCUUCGGUCCCCAAAGCUGUAAAGCGCAUCCACGAAAUUUUCGAGAAGCCUACCUUCAUGAAGAACCUGAACGGCGGAGACGUCAAGCAGGGAAGUCUGGGAGAUUGCUGGUUGAUGGCUAGCUUGACCGCUCUCGCUUCCGUACAAGGCGGCAUCGAGAAGAUUUGCGUAGAAUACGACACGCGCAUCGGCAUCUAUGGCUUCGUCUUCUACAGAGAUGGCGAGUGGAUUUACUCCAUCAUCGAUGACAAGCUAUAUCUCAAAUCGCCUUGCUGGGACUCGCCCAGCAUGCAGCGGGAUCUUCUGCAGCAGAUCGACCGCGAGGACGUUGAGCGGGUCUACCGCCAGACGUAUCAAACCGGUUCCAAGGCCCUCUUCUUUGCCCAAUGCAAGGACCAGAACGAGACGUGGGUGCCCCUGCUCGAGAAGGCAUAUGCCAAGGCCCACGGCGACUUCGCUUCCCUGGCCGGUGGCUGGAUCGGCGAGGGUCUUGAGGAUCUCACGGGUGGCGUCACUACCGAGCUCCUUACAUCCGAUAUACUCGACACCGAAGGUUUCUGGGAGAAUGAGCUCUCCAAGGUCAACCAGGAAUUCCUGUUUGGUGCGAGCACCGGUCUCCUCGAUGGAGGCUAUGGCGACAGAGAUGGCAUCUCUGAGGGCCACGCAUACGUUAUUAUGGAGGCGAGGACAAUCAAGUCCGGUGAGCGUCUCAUCAAAAUGAGAAAUCCUUGGGGCAAGGUCCGCAAGGGCUUGUGGGAGGGUGCUUGGUCCGAUGGGUCAAAGGAGUGGACAACCGACGUUCAGGAAGAGCUCGGCUACCACUUCGGCAACGAUUCUGUUUUCUGGAUCAACUAUGAUGACUUCCUUCGCAAGUACCAGCACAUCGACAGAACGAGGCUUUUCCGUGACCCUGCCUGGCGAUGCACCCAGAAGUGGAUAGGUGUCGAAGUUCCGUGGAAGCCUCAAUUCCACGAGAAUUUCCAGAUUACCCUGUCCAAGGACGGUCCGUUGGUCCUCGUCCUGUCUCAACUGGAUACGAGGUACUUCAAGGGUCUCCAAGGACAGUACACCUUCCGCAUCCACUUCCGCAUCCACGAACGCAGCCGCCCUGGCGCCGAGGACUACAUUGUCCGCUCCCACGGCAACUACCUAAUGGAACGAUCAGUCUCAAUCGAACUCCCGGACAUGCCAGCAGGCGAGUACAGCAUCUACAUGAGCGUUGCCGGCGAGAGGGAUAACAAUUUGCCCUCUGUUGAAUCCGUUGUUAAGCGCGAGUGCCGCAACCGCGUGGAGAACGACAAGCUUGCGCAGAUCGGCGCCGCCUACGACCUUGCGCACAGCAAGGGGACGGCCUACCUCGAAGAGGUUGCCAGACUACGUAAGAUCAAGGAGCAGCAGAGAGCUUCUGACUCCCGUAAGCAGGAGCGUCGCAAGUUGUGGGACAGACGCCACAUGACACGCGAGAUCACCAAGAAGCAGAAGGAAAAGAACGGCGAAAAGCGCGCACGCAGAAUCGCCAAGGCCGAAGCAGCUGCUAAAGUGAAGGCUGAGGAAGAAGCGAAGCUGGCUGCUGAAGAAGCGAAGAAGGCUGAAGCAGCAGCCCAGAUCAAGGCUGAAGAAGCAAAGAAGGCCGAGGCAGAGAACAAGAAGAAAGAGGAAGAGGAAAAGCCCAAGGACCAGAGUGUCCAGACUGAGGCUGUCAAAGAGGAGCCGAAGGAGGACAAGUCUGUUCAGACGGAUGCCUCCGGAAAGACUGGAAUGUCCACGUCGGAGGCUACUGAGAAGACUGAAGUUUCUGCUCCUGACGGCAAGACUUCUGACGAGGCAGCAAAGGCCGAGUCUAGGGAUGAGCCCAAGGACGACUCGAAAGAGGUGUCCAAGGAUGAUCCUGGUGAAUCAAAGGUGUCCGAGGAAGAGCCCAAGGAAGAAACCAAGGAGAUGCCCGAAGAGUCUGAGAAGACUGUGGUUCAACCUCCACCUCCACCUCCACCACCUGCGGCGAAAGUAUACGACUCGGAUGAUGACUCCUCUGACUCACCUGUCGACGAUUGGGAAGAACUCUACAGUGACGAUGACAUGGUCAGGAAGCCUCGUACCACACCUGCGGGGCCACCCAAGACCCAUGAUGAGCGCUAUGAGUCGGAGGAGGAAGGUCUUCCCGACCCCUGGAAUGCCAUCUGCAUUGUUGGCGUUCGCGUAUACUCCAUGGACGAGGAUCUUGAGCUUCGCGUCGUCAUGGAGGGCGGUGAAGUCCUCGAUGGCGCCAUCGGCAAGAAGGGCGAGGCUGAUCUUGACAAUGCCCAGGCCAACGCCGGCGGAGAGCGCGAGAAACAAGAGCCCGAGAGCAAGGUCGACGAGGAUGAUGCUGAACCUACCAAGGCGCAAAAGGAGGCUGCACCAAACGACGCGGACAAGAAAGAGACGGACGUCAAGGAAACAGCCGAAGCGAAGAGAGACGACAUUGAAGAUAAAACCAAAGAAGCCAACGAGGACUCCAAGUCGGACAAGAGCGUUGACUCAACAGAGUACGACAAGCUUGAUUCAGGAGCUUCGACUCCAGAGGUUGUUGCCACGCCCGAGGAGACGCCGCUGGAGACGAACAAAGAGUUGUGCUAG